AUGCCACCAUCCGAAGAGCAGCAGCAGCACAAGGAAGCCGAGGCGGCGCUCAAUGCUUUUGUCGACAAAGACCUGAACGCGCGGUACACGUUCGACGGCGAGCGCGGGCAGCCGCAGUCCGAGAUAUGCCGCGAGAGCAGGAACCAGCGCGAGUGCAUCGCGCUGCAAAUGUACUCGACCAAGAUGUUCGAGGUUAUGCAGAAACGUGGCUUCUACUGUGCGCUGCCGAUGGACCCGAACCGGACACACAUGGUGUGCACAAAGAUACCGGACUCAUAG